AUGAAGGUUCAGAGAUAUUUACCAACUGGUACUUCUUUAGCUAUAGCAAAGGAUAAAAUUAAAAAGGCUAGAAAAAUAGUUGAUAUUUUUGGUCCUAUAGAAACUCUUAGCAUGUGGUCUCAUAGCUGA